AAAAAGUAAACGCUCGCCUAAACCUCAAAUGGUGAUUGGAAGUAGUCUCAACAAAGCAUUGCUUAUCACUUAUGCUUCAUUGUAGAUACUACCAUAAUCCUCAUAAAGAUUAAGCUUAUACAAUCGGAAAUUGUUUAAUUAUUUAUGGUGUUCAGCUGUUUAAUACGUAUGGUAAGAUGGUGAUGGUUAGAUUGGUACCAAGUGAUAGGUCUUGUCAUAUAGAAACCAAUUAGCCUUUGACUAGCGUACUGGGUUGGGGCUUGUGGUCAGUAAAUCAUACAGAUAUACAAAAUCAGUAUAUCUGUGAGUCUGUUUAUUAUUCCAUUAUUGGUUUGAAGGGUCAUCAAAUGCCGCCUGUAGGAUGUAGAUUGAUUUUCUCAAUAUGCAAAGAAUGAUUUAUAGCUAUCAAUAAUAUCAAAUGCGAACAUUAUUAUCGUUGUUAGACAUUAUAAAGAAGGCGGAAUGAACUUUUUAAUGCUUAACCGGUUAAUUAUGGGAUUGUUAUAUUGUGGGAACCUUUAUAAUGAAGCUACCCAUACAUUUUUAAGCAUUGAACUUUACGCAUCAUUUUCAGAAGAUGUGGACGUAUUACUUGAUAGCUGUAAUUCUUCCAGUUAUAAUGUUUGCAGACCGGCGAAAACGCGAAGUGCAAUUAUAAGUGUCACUAGACAACACAACUAAACCUAUAUUCUAGUAAUACGAAGACUGUCCUACAGAUAAACCCCAUUGUAUC